AUUAAAGGGAACCUAUUCAAUGGAAUGGAAGUAUUUAUUUUUGGGUUGAUCUGCAACCCCCCCCCCCCCCCCCAUAUCAUUUAAAUGCUGAGGCUGGGGUUUUAUAAUCUGAUUAUUUUUAUAUUGAUGGCCAUCCCCUGUAAAGACUUGCACCCCUUUAUAUGGCAUUGCUAGUGGACCCCUAUACUAUAACCUGCACAAUCUUACGCUAGUUCUUCUGUACCUGGAGAAUAAUGGAACUUGAGAAUAUCGUAGCGAAUACGGUUUUGCUGAAAGCUAGAGAAGGUGGAGGCGGAAAACGGAAAGGGAGAAGCAAAAAAUGGAAAGAAAUCCUGAAGUUUCCCCAUAUCAGCCAGUGUGAGGACUUGCGCAAGCAGCUCGAAAGGGACUAUACGAGCUUGUGUGAGAAGCAGCCAAUCGGCCGCCGCCUUUUUCGCCAGUUCUGUGAUACCAGGGAGCAUUUUCUUCGGUGCAUUAAUUUCCUCGAUGCAGUGGCAGAUUAUGAAGUUUCUCCAGAUGAGAAGAGAAAGGAGACAGGAGACGAGAUUAUCUCCAGGUUUUUCAACCCAGAGUCAUCGGACUACAUGCCAGAGAUUCCAGAUGCCUACAUGGAGGAAUGCAGUGAGAAUCUUGGAAAAAAUCCCAGCAAGGAGAUAUUCACUAAGUGCAUUAGCCAACUCCAUGAGUUCCUUAGUGGGUCUCCGUUCCGAGAGUUCCAGGACAGUAUGUACUUCGACCGUUUCUUGCAGUGGAAAAGUCUUGAAAGGCAGCUGGUUACAAAAGACACUUUCCGGCAGUACAGGGUACUAGGCAAAGGUGGAUUUGGCGAGGUCUGUGCAUGCCAGGUCCGAGCCACAGGGAAAAUGUAUGCUUGUAAAAAACUAGAGAAGAAGAGGAUCAAGAAGAGGAAGGGGGAAUCAAUGGCUCUGAAUGAGAAGCAGAUCCUGGAGAAAGUUAACAGCAGAUUUGUGGUUAGUCUGGCCUACGCCUAUGAAACGAAAGACGCCCUGUGUCUGGUGCUCACAAUCAUGAACGGUGGUGACCUCAAGUUCCAUAUCUACAAUAUGGGCAAUCCUGGCUUCGAGGAGGAACGCGUGGUCUUUUAUGCUGCUGAGAUCUGCUGUGGCCUGGAACAUUUACACCAGGAGGGAAUUGUUUACAGGGAUUUAAAACCAGAAAAUAUCCUUUUGGAUGAUGACGGUCACAUCAGGAUCUCAGACCUUGGCUUGGCCAUCAAGAUACCAGAAGGGGAGAGUAUCCGGGGAAGAGUAGGCACAGUGGGUUAUAUGGCCCCAGAAGUUAUAAAAAAUGAACGCUACACUUUUAGCCCAGACUGGUGGGGUCUGGGUUGUCUGAUUUAUGAGAUGAUCGAGGGCCAGUCUCCCUUUCGGGCACGGAAAGAACGGGUGAAACGGGAGGAGGUUGAGAAGAGAGUCCAGGAGGAUGAAGAGUCCUAUUCUGCAAAGUUUACAGAGGAUGCUAAAUCUAUUUGUAAAGUGCUGUUGACCAAAGACCCGAAGCAGAGGUUGGGCUGUAAGGAACAUGGUGCUGGGGAGGUGAAACAGCACCCCUUUCUCAGGAACAUUCACUUCAAAAGGCUGGAGGCAGGAAUAAUGAAGCCGCCCUUUGUUCCAGAUCCCCGCGCUGUCUACUGUAAGGAUGUCCUGGAUAUUGAGCAGUUUUCUACUGUCAAAGGAGUUAAUUUGGACCAAACCGAUAAUGACUUUUAUGUCAAGUUUGCAACUGGCUGUGUGCCCAUCCCCUGGCAGAAUGAGAUGAUCGAGACAGAGUGUUAUAAGGACCUCAACAUCUUUGGACCAAAUGGGACUCGCUCCCCUGAUCUAGAUUGGAGACAGCUCCCAGAACCGCCCAAGCGUAGUUUGCUGCAGAGGCUUUUUCGAAGACAUAACGCUGACAUAGCCAUCACUGCGAAUGACUCCGCCAUCUCCAAUGCCAACACCACAAACCACCACUUCCAAGAACAGACACCUACAGCUAAUGCUUCCCUCUCAUCUUGAUGGAAAAUGAUGGGAACUUUAAGGACUGAUGACGGUGACGUCAGUCAUUCGUUUUUUGUUUUUUUUAAAUCCCAGAAUCCUUUGCUGCCCUCUCCCUUGUUUUCUCAGGUUUAACCUUGAACUCUACGUGAGUAAAAACAGGCUUUUUACAGAAUAUAUAUAUAAAUACAUAUAUAUGUAUACACGCAUAUUUGGGCUAUUAACGUCCAAGGACACACGGAAAUCCUCAUUCCUGCUCAAGGGAAUCGCAGAAAAUAUCCAACUUGAUUUGACAACUCAAGGAAGAUCAGUCCUGCGAAUGCUAAGCUAAUGGAAAUAUACCAGUCGUGUUUUUUUUAUGUUUAUUUUUUUAUCACUUGGUAAGGCAUCAUGUUUAAACAACAAUCGGGUUAAAA